AUGGUCACCAUCGUUAACGCCACCCAAAAACACCGCUGCCAGAAAUCGCUGCCGCCGCCGCCCAACACCGAAUUAAGGGAGAGAAUAGAUGAUGGUACAAGCGCUGUGCACCAGCUCUUAUAUAGCCCGACAAUGAGUAGACAUGGCCACCGCCGUGAACGAGCACGUCCUGCUCAGCCAUCCCGACAAGCUGGUCCUGCUCGCCGAGAUCCCGGCCGCAGACUCGUGCGGCUCGUCGUCACGUUCCGGCUGCUCGUCGAGCAAUGCAGCGACUACGGCGGCGGUCCCGUGGACGUCGACACGAUGGAGGACGUGUCCUGCCGCGUGCCGCUCCGCGACCUGGGCCGCCGGGGCGCCGCGGACCGGGUGUUCACAGACCUCGUGGCCAGGCUCGACAACCCGAUGAUACGCCCGGAGGUCGCGAUGGAGGCCAGGAGGGCGGCGGAGCGCGUCGGGGCGAGACGCGGCGCGCUCGACGAGCUCGGCGGCAUGGAGUUCCGCCUCCGCGUGGUGUUCGUCGACGAUGACGCGUCCGAGGAGCAGGCAGCGUCGGACGACGACGACGAUGAGAGCGGGAGCGACAUGGAGUUCGGGGAAUUCGACCUGAGCGGCGCGCGGAGCCUGCACGGCGAGCGGGCCGUCGCCGCGUACGAGGACGACGACGAUGACGAGGACGGCUGCGGCGCCCAGUUCACGGUGCGCCAGUACCGCGGCGCCCGCGCGGGGGAGGGAGCGAACCUGCUGCUGUCGGGCUUCGAGGCGCGCUCGGACGGCCCCGAGCUGACCGAGCAGCACGAGCUGACGUCGCAUGACAUGCACCGCCUCGUGCACCUGGCGCUGGAAGGGGGCGCGAGCAUGGAGGACGACGAGGCCUACCAGCGAGCGCUGGCCGGCGGCACGGCCGUGUCCCGGGCGUCGCGCGCCGCCAUGGUCGACCAGGCGCUGCAGUCCGCGAGCCAGCAGCAGCAAUCCAAGUCACCGAGCCCGAUCUUUCCGAUGCGUUCCGGAUUCUGAUGCCUG